AUGACACCGUUCUACUUUAUGUUAGCCUUAAUAAUUCAGAGCUCUUUAAUCUACGCCGAAAUUGGCGUUAGCGAUGGACAAAAUAGCACUAAUAUUUUAGGAGUCGCUGCAGCAAAUGUAUUUGAAGAUGACCAAAUUGUUAAGGGACCAGAAGCCGCUCCUCUCGACUGGAUGGAUAUAGUAUUAAGUUCUCCAACUCCCAUAUACCCAACAUCGUCAUCUACGUUAAUGGCUCAAGCCGUAUUAUCAGACAAGCCUCCAGAAGAACAAUUGGAAGAAAUCAAGGAAAUGGCUAAUCAAAUCACAAUGGCAAUUCAGAGUGAAAUGGUGAACCUCCUGUCGUAUGCAGUUUCAGCAACAGAUGCUCCUGAAGGAAAUACUUUAAGAAAGAAACGGUCCAUAGAAUCGCCACUGGACAGCACUCAAUUAGUCAUGAGAUUACUUAAACACAUCAAAAGCAAUAACGAUUACCAAAAUAUAGCCAUUGAAAAAAUGAUGAGCGCUCAGGAAAUAGCUGACAAGUACAACAUACCGUUCAAAGCGGACCCUGACAUUUUAAGCGACUUUGCUUUAGCUGGUAGUGAACAGGCACAGGAACUAACAUCCAUAUUGCAAGAUGUUUGCGAUCUAAAUGCUAAUCAGACAGUAAUUUCGAAGAACAACACUAUUCCUCAACCUAAAAACUCCACUGAGUCAUAUUGUACAGACCAUCCUAUUGAUGACCGUUUCAUAUAUACGGGUUAUAACUCUGAACCCGCCCACCACUACAGCCCAGUAACACCAAGACCAACUUUUUACGAUACCAUUUCGUACCAACCUGAAGAUGUAUUUCCCUUCUGUGCUAUGGAACCAAUGACAUCGGUUAUUCUAGAACCUAUAGAAUCGGAACCGAAGUGUACUGGAGAAGAAAUUGAAGAGACGAUAUCGUCUAAGAUUUACGUCAAAGAUGACGAAGAACCAGGUUCUAUGAGCGUUAACCAUGUGAUGACGUAUUCAGUAGCUGAAAGUACCCAUUUCAGAAAACCGCACAUCGAAACGUUACCACAACAAAUGCAAUACUAUUUCUUUUUAAUGUAA